CAGGCUCAGCCGUCCUAUUUGCGUGCUGGUGGCGCCUCACCUCUUCCUCAAUCUACGAAAUGCCUAAAGCCCUUAAAGGGGGUUUGGGCGUUGCCCCUUUUCCAAGGGCCUGGGGGAAAGUCAUUGCCAAUCCUUUGUACUAAUCCGGUGUGGAAAGAGGAAGUGGGUGUGCCUCAACCACCCUCUUGUUAAAAUCCUUGAGCUUUUAACCCUUACCUUCUUCUGUCUUGGGGAAGGUGCCAGAGGGACCAGGGUGUCUGAACCCGGGCUUUAGGAGUAGAUUAACACUCUGGGGUGGAUUUCUGAGUCGAAUUGGGUUGGAAGGCAGUGGUGUUUGCUAACAAAACCUUGUUUGAAGGGAGCACCUCAGUCCACUUGGUAAGAUUGAGUUGGGAGCAAAGAAUGAAGUCUUCUUUAGCUGAAUGAAUUGAAGGUUUUAGAGUGAAAGAAAGGGGGUGUGUCCACACUUAAUUGUUGGUUGAUUGACUAGCAGUUAGGUGUCCUUUGUAUACCCUGGCCAGUCUCUCACACCCUGUAUACUAUUGGAUCCCAGGGACGUUAUCCUCCCUCUUCUCACUUUCUUGAUGUGUGUCUUGUCCUGCACUCUUCAGCCAGUUAUGUAAUUGGAAUAACUUAAAGCAACCUAGAUUCUGAGGUGGAGGGUGGACCAGGGUGAAGGACCGCUAUGAUGGUGCUGGACUGUGGCUCUUUAGGUUAGGCAACGAACUCCCCCUGGCAGUGGCUUCUACUGCUGACCUGGUACGCUGUAAGCUCAUGGAUGUAACUGGUGGCUUGGGCACUGAUGAACUUAGACUGCUUUAUGGAAUGGCAUUGGUCAGGUUUGUGAAUCUUAUCUCGGAGAGGAAGACAAAGUUUGUGAAGCUCCCUCUCAAGUUCCUGGCUCAGGAGGUAAACAUUCCAGAUUGGAUUGUUGAACUUCGCCAUGAGUUGACCCACAAGAAAAUGCCCCAUUUAAAUGACUGCCGCAGAGGCUGUUAUUUUGUUCUGGACUGGCUUCAGAAGACCUAUUGGUGCCGCCAACUGGAAAACAGCUUGAGAGAGACCUGGGAGCUGGAGGAGGAUAGGGAAGAGACAGAUGAAGAAGACCAGGAAGAAGAUAAAAACAUUGUUGUUGAUGACAUUGUAGAACAGAGACCAGAGCCUAAGGAUAAAGGGAAAGGUGCAGAACUGGAUGUCAGGGUUGAUGGAGACAGCGAAGGCAGCAAAGAGGUUGAUUCACAUUGGGAAAAGGCUCUGAGACAUAAAGAGCUAUAUGAAAGAGCCCGAGAACUGCUGGUAUUAUAUGAAGAGGAACAGUUUAAGGUGCUGGAGAAAUUUAGGCGUUUACCUCAGGCUAUUAAGGCAUGGAACAACCUAUCUCCACCUGUAGAAUGCAUCCUGGCAGAACUCAAGGGCAUUACAUGUGAAAACAGGGAGGCUGUGUUGGAUGCUUUUCUGGAUGAUGGCUUUCUCAUCCCUACAUUUGAGCAGUUGGCAGCUUUGCAGAUAAACUAUGAAGAUGGGCAGACUGAGGUCCAGAGAGGGGAAGGUACUGACCCAAAGUUACACAAAAAUAUGGACCUGAAUGACAUCCUGGUGCCAAAGCCAUUCUCUCAAUUCUGGCAGCCCCUGCUCAGGGGCCUGCACUCCCAGACCUUCACACAGGCCCUGCUGGAAAGGAUGUUCUCUGAGCUGCCAGUCUUGGGGGACAGCGGAAUCCGGCCCACCUACAUCCUCAGAUGGACCAUUGAACUGAUUGUGGCUAACACCAAGACUGGACGGAAUGCCCGCCGAUUUUCUGCAAGCCAGUGGGAAGCAAGAAAGAGCUGGAGGCUAUUCAACUGCUCUGCCUCCCUUGACUGGCCCCGGGUGAUUGAGUCCUGCUUGGGUUCACCUUGCUGGGCCAGCUCCCAACUCCUCCAGCUUGUCUUCAAAGCCAUGGGACAGGUCUUGCCAGCUGAGGAGCAGGAGAAAUUGCUGCGCAUCUGUUCCAUUUAUACCCAGACUGGAGAAAAAGGCCUAGUACAGGAGGGCUCAGAGGCCUCCCCCAUUGGGAAGUCUCCAUACACAUUGGACAGCCUGUAUUGGAGCCUCAAACCAGCUGGCUCCAUCUUUGGAACUGAAGGAGAAACCCAGCAGCAGGAGGAACAUGGCAGCCUAAAUGAUCUCAAGAAAGAUGAAAAGGAUGAGAAAGAUCUGGAAGAUCAGGUGGAGGAGGAAGAAGAGGAAAAUGAUGACCAGAAAUGGGAGGAGGAGGAUGAAGAUGAUGAUGAAGAUGAAGAUGAUGAGGAGGAAGAAGAUAGAAUGGAGGUCGGGCCUUUGUCUGAGGAGGAAUCUCCCACUGCUGAGAAUGCCAGACUCCUGGCCCAUAAAAGAGGAGCUUUGCAGGGCUCUCCAUGGCAAGUUAGCUCUGAAGAUGUACGAUGGAAUACCUUUCCCUUAGGCCUAAUGCCAGGUCAGACUGAGGAUCCAGCAGAGCUUAUGCUGGAGAAUUAUGACACCAUGUAUCUUUUGGACCAGCCUGUGCUAGAGCAGCGGCUGGAACCCCCAACAUGCAAGACUGGCACCCUUGGCUUGAGCUGUGGCGUGGGCAGUGACAACUGUAGCAACAGUAGCAAUGGCAGCAGCAACUUGGAGGGCCUUCUCUGGAGCCAGGGCCAGCUGCAUGGACUCAAAACUGGCCUGCAGCUCUUCUGACACCCACUCUGUUGCAAAGUGUUUAUCCAGCCCUGCUGGGAAAACAGCCCAUUCCCUGCCUCUUUUGUCCCCCCCCACUCCUGGCCCCCGCCAGUGCACCUGAUGCUCCAUUAAACAACCUGGGAGACAGCCCACAUCAGCCAUAUCAGCUCAGCUUUUUGCCACCAUGGAAUUUUGAAUGUUUGGGGUUUUUAAAUUUUGUUUUAAAAAACAAUAAACAGGCAACUGUUA